UUUCGAUCUCUCUUACAAUUGUUGUAACAAAUGAAGUAUUUUGUUUAACGUUCGAGAUAAAACUUUCGAAAAUGAAUUUGUAACGUGAGACAUUGAACUUCCAAAAAGAUGGGAGAACAUAGCGAUUCUGAGCCAGAGUCUGUAAGAUUUUUUAGCCAAUUUGAAAAAUCUGGUUAUUACAAAAAUGAUGCAGUUCAUUUGAAUGCAGGAGCUCCAGGCACAGAACUUCUUCGGAUGUUACCUCCUAUCAUAGAAGCAGCUACAACACAUCGUAUGCAAAGUGAAUUAGAAGGAGAUGCUCAACUUUUCCAAUAUGGGGAAGAAAAGGGCAAUUGGCAAUUCAGAAGUUUUUUAGCUAAAUUUUUAUCAGAAGAAUAUGGGGAUCCUGUAAAUAGCGAGGAUAUAUUUUUGACUGGUGGUGCUUCUAGUGGGUUAUGGUUGCUUUUGAGUCGUUUAUUUCCUCCUGGUACUCCUGUCUUUAUUGAAGAUCCAUCUUACUUUGUAGCUCUUAAAAUUUUUUCAGAAUUUGGAAUGUCCAUUAUUCCAGUUAAUGCUGAUGACGAUGGAAUCAUAAUUGAAGAUCUUAAUCAGAAACUUAUCAGUUGCUUUCCUGACUCUCCCGCUCCAUCUUCAAGCUUGAAUCUACCGUUGAAGGCUUUAGUUUAUCUUAUUCCUGUGUUUAAUAAUCCAACUGGCUCAGUGCUUCCAAAAGACAGAUGUAAAAAGCUUAUAAAAUUAUGUCGCAAUUAUGGUGCAACAAUUGUCUGUGAUGAUGUGUAUAAUCUUCUGCAUUAUGAUGAUUCACCUGUUUGUCCAAGACGUCUUUUUAUGCAUGAUGAUAAAUCACAUCAUGAUUAUGUCGGUAAUGUCAUCUCGAAUGCUUCAUUUUCAAAAAUCUUAGGUCCUGGUCUUAGAAUUGGUUGGUUAGAAGCUCCAAAAUGGGCUGUUGAAAAGUUACAAACAUUUUCUGUUUUAUUGAGCGGUGGAGGUCUGAAUACAUUUACCUCUGGUAUUAUAACUAGUCUGAUUGCACUGGGGAAAAUGAACACUCACUUACAAAAAGUGAAAAAUAUAUACAAGACUCACAUGGAGGCCACUGCAGAACUACUUCGUGAAGAGCUUCCACCUGGGUGCCAUUUAAAGUCUCCGGCAAAGGGUGGUUAUUUCUUAUGGAUUGAAUUACCUGAAUCAAUUUCUGCUUCUAAUUUGAGAUUAUUUGCUAUCCGAGAAUAUCAAGUUGAUUUUAUGCCUGGGCAGAGAGCGUCUCCUUCAGGAAAGUUUGCCAAUUUCAUCCGCAUUUGUAUCAGUUUCUACCCUCUAGAUGUACUCCUAUCUGCCGUACGUAGAUUGUGUCAAGCAAUAUCAGACUUUCAAUCCAGAGCUGAAGAAAACCCAUGCUUUUGGCAAGCUUAUGAAUGAUUUGAUAUGCUAACAAAAGUGGACUGCCAUGCUUAACUAUUUUGCUUGCAUAAAAUGCUUUUUUUUUAAAUUAUUAAUUCCAUUAUUAUGAGAUUGGUGAGAGAUAAAGCAAAACGGUACAAUGUGGGAAAUUGGUUCCAAAAUCACUGAAAAGAUAUUGGCUGAACCAAUAGCUCUCAGGUUCCGAUCAAGCCAAAAUGCUGCCCAGAUUCUACUAAAAGUUGUUGCUCCCCCCCCCCCCUCCUCACCCACGCACUAAGAAAAUCCUCGCAUUUUCAAAAAAAUUGGAUACUAAAACACUAAUCAGAUAUUAAUAUCUGUGAGUAAAAAUAUGGCGAUGUGUAGAAAUGUACAAAUAAAAAGUACAUUUUGCCACUUUCAGUCUAUUUACUCAUCCAUGUCUUAUUUUUUCUCAUUCACUUGUCCGUUGUCGAACUUGGUUGUUCCAUCGCUUUUUUAUGCACUGAAGAAGGGGUUUCAUUUUAUAGUCCGGAAACAGCUGUUUGCAGAGUUUUUAAACUCUUUUUAAUUGCUUUUAUUUGUUCGGGUAGACAGUGGCGCAGCCAGAAAAAUUUUCUGGGAGGGGUUUUCAAAAUCGAAAAUUUUUGCUUUCUUUCCCAUUUAUUUACAUUGCGCACUUAUUCAAUAUCAAAGAAUUUCUAUAGAUUAAUAAUUAAUCAUUCAGUGUAACUGCUUAAAAACAAUUAAUAAUUUGUAUUAAUAUCACUAUUAAACAAAGAAAGUGGGAAAAAGCACAGAUUAUUUUUUAUUAUUUUUACUUUAAUCUGAUUCAUUUUUUGUCUUUUUCGCAAGAUCAUUUAAAACCUCCUUCCUCAAAUACAUUCAUGUCUUUAUGAAUGUCAAAUGCUAGUUGAUAAUGGUUUCGAUCUUUCGAUGAGAAUUGGUUAAGAUCCUCAGAAAAUCCGGUGCGGUAGGCUUCCUCUCUCUAGAUGUCCCUAAAAAGGAUUUGUGCCGUGCUGAAAGUUCUGAGGGACCAUGAUACCCUACAGAGCUUUAUUGACACCAUUUUAGCUAUCUUAUACCAGUGGGGACGUGGGGUGCUCAUCAUGAAAUGCAACUUUUAUAUUUUAGAAUUGAAAAGUAAUUUCUGGCUGCUUCAAGAUCACUAAAAGCAGUAGGAUAUUUUGUUGAAACCUAUUCUGCUUGGAAAAGCUCAAAUACUCCGCUUUUUUUCCCUUGAUUUUAACGGAGGAAAUUAAUCCGCUUGCAUUCUGGGAGGGGUUUUAACCCCAAAACCCCUCCCGUGGCUGCGCCACUGCGGGUAGAGCAGGGCGGGGAGUCUCGAUGAGUACACGUCAUCAUAUUUUUACUCAUUUCAUUGUACGAAGUUUUGACUGCCUCUUUUACAUAUUUAUAUCUGUAUAUUGAAUGCUAAUCCCAGGUCUCAUUAGCGGAGGCUCCUGAGUUGGAUGCCAGCAGGUCGAAGAGCCUCGAUGUUCACUAAUGGUGACAGGGGGACGUUAAAUAUGUUCAGGUUGACAGUCGUCCAAAUUCCCAUUCCAAAUCAAUACCUCUGGGGGUGCUGGAUCAGCAAUUUUUUGUCUCCUGGUCUGGAUCAAAAAAUAGGGCACUCUUCUGGGCGCCAUUCAUUUGAUUAAACCGUGUGUUGUGAUAAAGUAUAGAGGAGUGUUGUUUUAACUGAGUAGCAUUACUUGAGUCAGUAACUACCAGAUUUUAUAAAUCAGCAUUCGGAUCCUUACAAUUUCAAAUAAUAACUCAAAUUGCAGGGAUGCCCACCCCCCAAGAACAAGGACGCACCCCCUAAAUAUUGAGACCUCCCCUCCCCCCGCAAAAGCAAGAUCCCCUCCAAAUGAAAAAGAAAAACCCUCAAAACCACCCCCCUAAAAAUUUCAAUGGCACAGUCUGCGCCAUGACCCCCCUCCCCCUAGGUG